UCCAUCACCCAUUUAAACUCUCUCUUCAUCACAGAAUCAUACAAUCAUUCAAUCAUUCAAUCAUCUCAUUCAACCAUACAAUAAACUCAAUCACCUCAAUCUAAACCAUCCAACCCAUCCACCGCAACCAUGCAAUUCAUCAGCAUUAUCAUUUCCUCCAUCCUCGCUCUUGCUACCAACAUCAACGCUUGGUCCCAGGAUGACGUUACUAAAGUCUGGACUGCAAACAACAACUACACGACCAUCCGAGGCUCUGUUGUGCACGAAGCCUGCACCGAGAUGAACUCGGAGAAUCUGCGUGCCGGCGGAGCCGAUUGCGCUUACUGGACUAACGGUGUGGGAGGAAUCUUGAACGGAAAGUGCAACUAUCAAGGAAACUCGGUUCUUUGCCUCAGUGGUUGUUAGAGGAUGUGAGGAGGUGCGCUGUGCGUGAUGACUUGUUAUCUGGGUUUUGAGGGCUUUUCGCCCUUUAGAUGUUUCGUUCUCUUUGAUUCCGUGUCUGUUUUUAUAUAUCUCACUUCAGUAUAUACUUCAAUAGAAUAGAG